GCUCCCAGUCCAGCCAGCCUUCCCUCUCCCUCCUCUUUCCCUCUGUUGCGCAGCACCGCGGGACUAGAGCACUAUACUCACUAUGGCAUCCACCACAGCACGGACUCUCUUAGUGCUUUUCGCCACCUUCUGUGCAUCAAGUACUGGAUCAACAGCCGACAAGCCCCUGCGGCCGCGGAACGUGCAGCUGACGUUGGUGGACAAGGGCCUGAGGGUAAGCUGGGAACCUCCCAACGAGCUGGACGGUCGGCCGGUGGACCGCUACAACAUUGGCUACGGCAAGUCCAUGAGGACACUCCGCUUCAUCAAGGUGGACAAGGACAGACGGUCCAAGGUACUGGAGGAUGUAGAGCCUGGAGUUCUGCACUUUCUCAAGAUGAGUGCCGAGAACAAGGAGGGGAUAAGCAAACCUGUGUACAGAGCAGAGACGCCAGGAGGUGGUGAGUGGGUCAAACUGGAUGGCUUCGCAGUGGCGGACGGGGCACUUGUUAACGCAUCAACUCCAGCUCGUCCAUCUCCUACUCCAGACAUGUGGACCAGGCCUAACUCCCCUGUCGGGAUCCCCGUGAUAACAGGAAGAGGAUCAGUGGUUGAUGGGGGGGUGCGCCCAUCAGGCCUGACCUCCUCCAGGGGGCAGCGGAUCCAGAGACCCCCCCAAUCAUCCUCCGGCCCUCGUCAGCCAGAUAGGGCCAGGGCAGGGACACCCCUGCUGGACCAGAGGUCCCAACACCACCACCACACCCAGCCACAGGCUGACCAGAGAAACAGACACAACCCCAAACUAGCGUCUGAGUCCAUCUAUGUGGUAUCACUGCAGGCACAGAGAGCCACGGGGCGGAGCGUGCCAAGCAACAGAGCCACCCUGACCAAAAAAACUCCCCCAGAGCCUGAGGAGUAUGAGGCCAAAGACAUUGGUGUGAGGGUCAUGUCCCCUCAGUCUGUCCUCAUCAGCUGGGUGGACCCGGCUAUCGAGAUGGAGAAGGUCCUACCUGGUGGCUCCAGACACUACACAGUGAAGUACAGGGAGAAGGGUGAGUCUGCUCGAUGGGAGUACAAGGAGACCAACCAGAGGAGGCUGCUGAUAGAUACCCUGUCAGCUGACGGGAUGUACGAGUUCUCCGUCCGAAUCUCCCAGGGAGACAACCACGGCAAGUGGAGCGUGUCCGUGUUCCAGAGGACCCCAGAAUCUGCUCCCUCUGGUCCUCCGGAGAACUUUGAUGUGAAGCCACUGAGAGGGAAGGGAACCGCUGUCACGGCGACCUGGGACCCACCUGAGGAACCCAACGGGAGGAUACGAGAGUACAUAAUGUCCUAUGCUCCUGCCAUGAAACCUUUUGGGAUGAAGUCAGUGACAUACCGCGGCAGCACCACCUCAGCCAUCAUAGACGGCUUCUUGCCUGGGGACCUCUACAUCUUCAAGAUCAGAGCCACCAACAGGAGGGGCCAGGGUCCCCAGACCAAAGCCUUUAGCGUAGCCAUGCCUGGAGGCACCGCCAGCAGUGCUGCCUCCUCGCCAACUCAAGGUGGCCGUAGAACCAGCUACACCCCCUCUCAGGCGUCCAAACAGGACAGUUACCGUGACGAUGUCAUCAACCUCCAAUUAGAAGACGUAACCAAGAAGCCGACCACACCCACUCAGACCACAUCUGCCCCGCCCACCUCCAGGCGGACACGGCCCCUCACCAAGACACGCUCCUAUCACAGCAUCUUCUCAGAUGUGAGGGGCACGGUCAGGAACAGGGCGACCAAUCAGCGACUAGGAGCCGGUACUGCUCCAGCCAGAGACAAGGGGAGAAAGACAGAAGCAGAGGAUGAACAGGAGGAGGAGAACAAAACAACAGAAACCACUCGAGACGAAGAGGAGGAGAAGCUCACUAACGAAGAUGUGGAGGAGAAGAAAGAAGCAGUGACUCAGAACAAUGUUGUUCCGUCUACACCUGAGGAUAGUGGCUACGUCAGAGGGAGAGGUAAAGGGAAGGAUGUAGAUGAGCCCUCCAGACCCAGCCUCAAAACAGAAGUUCCCUCAUCAGAGGGCUCCUCAUCAUCCUCUAAACCCUCCUACCCUCUCCGCAAACCUCUCUUUGGCAGACGCAUCAAUUCUGGUCGAAGACCAUUCUCCCGGACAUCAGUCUCAGGGUCAGUGUCCCAGUCAAAGACACAGGAUGCAGAAAAGGACAGCGCCUCCUCAUCCUCCUCAUCUUCUUCAUCCUCCAGCCCAUCCCCCAACGAGGAGUCUGCAGCCAUCAGGAAGGACGACACUGUCACCAACUACUCCGAGGGCAAAAAGACCUACAACCAGCCAAGUGCCACAGCGGCCAAACCCUCCACCUCAACCCCUACCCCAAACCAGGCCGUCUCAGAGCCCAAGACCGAGGCACCAUCUGUGGGAAGAGGAUCUGCUCUGCCGGGCCGUGGAUAUGGUUAUGGCAGGCGGAAACCCGGGAUCCUGUCUCGAGGGAAUCCAAAUGGCCAGGUUCUUACUGGACUCAUCAAACCUGGGUCAGACUCGACUUCCGCCGGCAUGUCCCAGUCCACUCUACCAACCAAAGGCAAGAUCCCAGAAACAUCACACACUCACGGCUCACACACUCCUAGCACACAGGACUUAACACACCACCAAGACAAUAAUGACUACAACGACUACAAAGUCACAGAGGCAGAGGCCACCAAAGAAGAAGAACCCACUUCCAGUUCCCGGACCAUUUCCACUAAACAUUCUUCUGAGGACAGGACACAGGACAAGAGAGAGGAGGGAGGGAGGGGAGACAGGAGAAGGGGAGACAGGAGAGAGGAGGGAGGGAGGGGGGAGAACUACUACAACACCCCAGCUCCCCCACCUUCCAAGACACCUGCUCCCCCUGCCUCCAGGAUUAACCCCUUUGUGAAACGGCACCAGAGCAGGUUUGGAACAGGGAUGGGGAGCAGUAGCAGGGUGUCUUCCCCCCGCACGGACGGGAGGGUUCCCUGGAGCAGGACAGCCUCCUCAUCCUCUGUUGGGGCUGGAAGACCCAUCCUGAGAGGAUUCCCCUCUAGGACAGCUGCCUCGGGGGCAGCAUCUGCCUCAGGGGCAUCAAGGACCUCCGCAGUGCAGGAGACCAGUGAGGAUGCUAAAAAACCCUCCACCCUCUAUCCGUUAAAGAAUGGGGUGGGGGCUGGGGCACUUAAACCCUCUCUGCCCAACAGGAAUACUGUUCUAGGUGAAUCGAGGAAUCCCAUCACCUCCUCUUCUUCUUCUUUCUCCUCAUCCUCCUCCAACUCCUCCUCUAGUAGUCGUAGAGACUCCAGUGAGCCCGUCCACAGAGGAAGCAGCACCAGGGAGGACAGCAGUAAUGACCAUAAGGAGGACUAUCUCUACAAGGGGAGUAAGGAGAUGUAUGAGUGGAAUGAGAAAGUCACAGACCCAACCACCGCCCCCAAAACUACUGCCACCACUACCACUGCCACCACUACCACUACCUCAGCCCCAACUACCGCCCGCAGGGUGCCCCAGAGUAGGGCCAUCGAGAGUGUGGACAGGGAAGCCACACCUGGUAGAACCAGGCCCGGUUUCGUCCCCGGCUCUACGCUCCCCCGCCGUACCAUUAUAGGUCCCAACGGGAGGGUGCGAUCUCCCCUGCUCAUAAACAGGCAGACAGGUUCUAGGUUCCCGCUUAGAGCACAACCAGCACAGAGCACACGGUUAGGUUCCUCUAACACAAACACAUCAUCUUCCUCUUCUUCCUCUUCCUCCUCUAGUCUGUCGCAGCCAGAUCACGGGGUUAGCGGGUCCGCUAGUGUUAGCACUGGAGGCUCCUCCCCUUCCCUCUCUCGCCCCUCCCACAGACAGACCUCCAUUGGCAGCAGCCAGGGAUCUCAAGGCUCCUCUUCCUCCUCGUCAUUCUCAUCCAGAGACUCUGUGGUGGGCCAGGGUACAAGGACACGCUACCCCAGCCGGUCAGACCCCCAUCUCAGGAGUAAAGCCCCCAGUGCAGGCCUCAAGCCCGGCUACGGAAAUGGUCAUGGAAAUGGUAAAAAUGGCCGCCCCAAUCUCACGGCGACCAGUGACAAAGAGUCCAGCACAUCCAAUGACAACACCAAACCUAAUGGAAGAAGGUACAUCACUGGGCCUGAUGGAGCCAAGUGGGUGUUGGACUUGGAUAAGGGGGUCCUGAUGAACGAGGAUGGCAGGGUUCUCCAGGACUCUCAGGGCCAACCCAAGAGGGUGGUUCUGGGAGAGGACGGACGCACCAUCUUUGACCACCAGGGCAGCCCAUUGGUGAACCAGGAGGGCCAGGCUCUGUUUGGUCACGGACGGGAAAGCCAACCGGUGGUCAACCCCAAAGACAAGUUCCUGACUGUGGGUGGCAAACCCAUCAUUGGCCUGGACCGGGCUAAACCAAGGACCACAACCACAACCAGACCUCCUACCACGACCACACCUGAACCGACAACGCUACCAACCACCACUGAAAUGUCCACAGAGGAGACUAUAACCAUGCCGGUGUUCCCGACCUGUCCUCCGGGAACAUUUUUGAUCAGGGAUGAUGAGGGAUUCCCAAUGCUGGAUGCUAAUGGCAUCCUGGACUGUUAUCCUGAAGAGGAAUCCUCGGGACUGGAAACAGACUCUAUGGAUGAGUUGUUGUGGCAGACCACGUUGCCCCCCACGCUGCCCCCCACCACCACGACAGACCACCCCACUCCUGAACCAGACACCAGGCCCUUCAACAAUAGCCCCUCCAAUGAGUUCGACCUCACCGGGAAGAAACGCUUCACAGCUCCGUAUGUGAACUUCAUCCAGAAGGAUCCGGGCGCUCCGUGCUCGCUGACGGAGGCUCUGGAAUACCUACAGGUGGACGUCCUGGAAAACCUGCUCAAGAAAGACAGCCUGGCUACUAAUCAGAAACAGCCGCCCAAAAACAAGCCCCACAACAUCACGGUGGUCGCCAUGGAAGGCUGUCACUCAUUCGUCAUCCUGGACUGGGCCAUCCCACUGAAGGAUGACAUGGUGUCAGGCUACAUGGUCCACAGUGCCUCAUACGAUGACGUCCUUAACAACAGGUGGUCCUCCAGUGCAUCCAGCGGCUCACAUCUGGCUGUUGAAAACCUCAAACCUAACUCCAGGUACUACUUCAAAGUGCAGGCGAAGAAUGUCUUUGGGCUGGGACCGGUCAGCGAUACAAUCACCUAUGUCACUGAGUCAGACGACCCUCUUCUUAUUGAACGACCACCUGGUGGAGAGCCUAUCUGGAUCCCCUUUUCCUUCCGAUACAACCCCCAGCACAGUGCCUGUAAGGGCAGCCAGUACGUCAAGAGGACAUGGUACAGAAAGUUUGUAGGUGUGGUCCUCUGCAACUCACUGAGAUACAAGAUCUUCAUGGGAGAUGGGCUGAAAGAAACAUUCUACAGUAUAGCAGACACAUUCGGUCAUGGGGAGGACCACUGCCAGUUUGUAGACUCUUACCUAGAUGGGAGGACAGGCUCCCCCAACCUCUCAAUGCAUCUGCCAACAGCACAAGGUUACUAUCGCUCAUACAGGCAGGAGCCAGUGAACUUUGGACCUAUCGGCCGGCGUACGCCACAUCUCUUCGGAGGAUGGUAUGAGUGCGGGGUGCCCAUCCCUGGCAAGUGGUAACACAGGGGGUCACAAAGAGUUCGUCAUCGAGGGCAACCCAACUCCAUCCUGCUGCAGCCUUUCUCAUGCUGUUUACUGACCCCACCCCCUGGAGAUAAACUGUUGCUAACCACAGCAGAAAGACAACAACAUUCCAAAUGUAUACUACUUCAGAUUGAAGAGAAUAUAAUACUUUAAACAACAAUUUAUAUUUCCAUGUAUUCAUUAACAUGCACUUUUAUAAAAGCAGUCUGUAUAUGAGGGAGGAAAAGCAUGUACAGUGGCUUGCGAAAGUAUUCACCCCCCUUGGCAUUUGUCCUAUUUUGUUGCCUUACUACCUGGAAUUAAAAUGUAUUUUGGGGGGUUGUAUCAUUUGAUUUACACAACAUGCCUACCACUUUGAAGAUGCACAAUAUUUUUUAUUGUGAAAAAAAAGAAAGAAGAAAACUUGAAAAUGUGCAUAACAAUUCAAAGUCAAAACUUUGUAGAGCCACCUUUUGCAGCUAUUACAGCUGCAAGUCUCUUGGGGUAUGUCUCUAAGCUUGGCACAUCUAGCCACUGGGAUUUUUUUGCCCAUUCUUCAAGGCAAAACUGCUCUAGCUCCUUCUAGUGGGAUGGGUUCCGCUGGUGUACAGCGAUCUUUAAGUCAUACCACAGAUUGGAUUGAGGUCUGGGCUUUGACUAGGCCAUUCCAAGACAUUUAAAUGUUUCCCCUUAAAACACUCAAGUGUUUCUUUAGCGGUAGGCUUAGGGUCAUUGUCCUGCUGGAAGGUAAACCUCCGUCCCAGUCUCAAAUCUCUGGAAGACUGAAACAGAGUUUCCUCAAUAAUUUCCCUGUAUUUAGCACCAUCCAUCAUUCCU